AUGAGCAGCAGCAGUGCCGACAAUGUCGAUGGCCGUACCAAAUCGAAGGAGCUAGAGCAUACAGACCUUGUGCAGCCUGCCUCACAUAUUCUCGCACUCCCCGUCGAUUACGUGCCGAGCCAUGCGACAACGUCGCUCUUCUCCAGUCUCCGGCAGCGCAGACCACCGAGUGAUGACGACUGGCCACACAAUGAGUUUGAGUUUGAGCCAUUCGUAAAGCGCGACUUGCAAAUUAAGCUCGAAACGAAUGAUCAACUAUGUCCGCGCUUCAAGCGCGGACGCUGUGAACUUGGGAGCCAGUGCACAUUACGCCAUUGCAUUACGCCAUCGCCCGCUAUACCCACAAGUCAGAGUCGUGACGUGUCUCGGCGUACGGUUUGCAAGCACUGGCUUCGUGGUCUGUGCAAGAAAGGCGAUUUGUGUGACUAUUUACACGAGUAUGAUUUACGCCGCAUGCCCGAAUGCCGUUUUUAUGCGACGUUUGGUUUCUGCAAUUCUUCUGAUGAAUGCUUGUAUAUCCACAUUGAUCCCAGUGUAAAGCGCCGUCGUUGUGAGCGAUACGAGCGCGGUUUCUGCGAGCUGGGUAUGUUAUAA